UUUGAUAGCCAUCGCAGAGGCCAAAAGACCCAAUUCAAGAUCGGUUCAAAUAUGAAUUCCCAAUCGGCGGCGCGUCGGUAUCCGCACAGUUUUUCGAUCGAUCAGAUUCUGGCCAAGCCGGAGCUGCGUGCGUCCAAUAGUUUCGAGCUGAUCGGCGCGUCACAGGCGGCGUCGCAGGAUGACAGUGGAGGCGGCAGCAUCUGUGAUGUGUCGCGCGUCUCCAGUCCGGCUACAUCGAGCUGCCUGGAGGAUGCUCUGGACGAUGGCAAAAGUGAUAUAGAUAUCGCCUCAGACGACGGCAACGCACUCGGCGAUGAUCGAAAGAAGCGUCCGCGAACGGCUUUCUCGGCGGCCCAGAUCAAGGCCCUGGAAACGGAGUUCGAGCGGGGCAAGUAUCUAUCGGUGGCCAAGAGAACGGCGCUGGCAAAACAGCUCCAACUGACGGAGACGCAGAUCAAGAUCUGGUUCCAGAAUCGUCGCACCAAGUGGAAGCGCAAGUACACAUCUGAUGUGGAGACCCUGGCCUCCCACUACUACGCCCAGCUGGGGAUCGGGGGCUUGGCCAGACCCAUGGUGGUGGGCGAUCGCCUUUGGCUCUUCAGUCAGACGCCCGCCGGCCCCACACCCAUCCAGUCCAUCAUGCUGAACGGCAGUGGGUCCGCCCCUCCAAUGGCGGCAGCAGCGCCGCCAAUGCGUCCGUAUCCACAGAGUGGAGGAAUGCCUCCCCUGCCGGGACCCAGUGUCAUGGAGAGCGCCCGCAAUGCCAUUCUAUCCCGUGGACAGCCCCUCAACUUUGCUCUGCCCUUUGGCGUAUCCAAGUCCUCGGCGGGUGGAGUGCCCGUGUCCCCGUCCAGCUAUGUGCCGCGCUGCAAGUCCUAUGCGGGCGGGUUCAUGAACUACGCCCCGCCACAUCCUCAGAGCGAGGCCUAUCUCCAAUUGAAGUACGCCACCCUGACACCGGAAACGGAAGCGGAAACCGGCUCGACCAACGGCCUGGCCGAGCUGGAGCGCGUCUUUGGCGACGCGAAUGCCAACUUUCUGCAGCACCGGAGCGUCCCUGGCACAGGAGCGGGAGGCGCCACGUCCUAUGGCCACGAGGCAUUGGGCCAGGCCCAGCGCAGCCGUAGACCCACGCAAUCGGAGUCCGAGUGCAGCGACAUCGACUGCGAGCAGCUGGACGAGGAUGAGGCGGCGGCGGAGUAGCCUAAUAUUUGGAUACAGUUACGGAUUACGUGUUAUCUUAAGAAUUCUAUGUAUGUAUG